UUGUUGCGCCCUCCGACGCUGCCGUACGGCUCGCCUAGAAACAGCUGUAUCAUGCAUUUGCUGUUAAUUUGAGUGGAGAAAAGUGAGGUUACGUUUCUCUUGUUCAUCGUCAAGUAUUACACAUAUCAAAAAUCAUGGCUCAAAUUUUCGGUGAAAUUGUUGAGCCGGAAUCACGAGCCUUUUGGGACGACGACGAGCUCGAUGCUUCGCAAUUCCAGUAUCAACUACGAUGGUCCGGAGACAACGUGAUGCCGUCGUCGAUAAAGACUUUCCUUAUUGUCGAAGGAAGCGUCGUAUCUGACUUCACGAGAAUGUGCAGCGUCGGCAGAGGCGAGAACGAAAUAUGCAUUAUAGAGCAUGGAAGAUUCAAAGCAUCGAAUAUUUAUAAAAUCAACAACGAUUUGUACGCCUGUCUCGUCAGUCCGGAUCUGGACGCGAAACACUCGACCGAAUUCAUUGCGACGUUGACGGAUUUUCUGCUGAACGCCGAGAAGAUAAUAACUCUCACAUGCCAGCACGUUUCGUCAUACAAAUCAGACGUCGCGCCGAUUUUGCCGUCUUUUCUCCAAUCGCUGUCCACUAAAAGCGGUAAAUCGCCGUUGAAUGACGUCGAACGUGUCAAACAACCCAAUAUAGUUCAUGGAAUUGCAGCUGGAGUAAUGUCGUAUGCUGAAAUAUUCGAACUCUCUGCUGUGCUGUACGUACUUUACGUGGAAGAGUUUCUACUUGAUUCGGAGACAGCUAUGCCCUUGGUGAAAUUGUUUUCUGCCAUUCCAGGUAGUCUAUUACACGAUCCAGUCUUCAAGCAGAGUAGUUUUAGCAGCAGAGUUAUAGACCUAUACUACAAUCAUCUUCGAACCUUCAAGUAAAUCCAUGGUCACGUCUUCGACGAACAUGUCCCACCAUCUGAGAUGCUUCGGGAGCCUUCCGUUCCAG